CAGCAUCGCCUCUAGCAACAACACCGCAAAGAUGACCUCCACUGACAUGAACAUGAUGAGCAGGAUCGUCUUCUACGAGGACAGGAACUUCCAGGGCCGCUCCUAUGAGUGCAUGGGCGACUGCGGUGACAUGUCCUCCUACCUGAGCCGAUGCCACUCCUGUAGGGUGGAGAGGGGAUGCUUUAUGGUCUACGACCGCACCAACUACAUGGGGAAUCAGUACUUCAUGAGAAGGGGCGAGUACGCCGACUACAUGAGCAUGUUCGGCAUGAACGACUGCAUCAGGUCCUGCCGCAUGAUCCCCAUGUACAGAGGAUCCUAUAGGAUGAGGAUCUACGAGAGGGAGAACUUCAUGGGCACGAUGCACGAGAUGAUGGAUGACUGCGACAACAUCAUGGACCGCUACAGGAUGUCCAACUGCAUGUCCUGCAACGUGAUGGACGGCCACUGGCUGAUGUACGACCAGCCCAACUACAGAGGAAGGAUGAUGUACUUCAGGCCUGGAGAGUACAGGAACUUCAUGCACAUGGGCAUGGGCAUGGGCAUGGGCGGCAUGAGGUUCAUGAGCAUGAGGCGCAUCAUGGACUCCUACUACUAA